AUGGUUGCUGCGAAGCGCAAGUUGCUCCGACGCGUGCCAAACCACUUAACGCGUAUCAGUCAGCGGGUCUUGGCGCUGUCUCUUGCUUUUCCCGUCUUCCUUCACUUUCUGAUCUUCUCUGCUGUUGAGGUCAAUUCAAUCGAUUGUCUUUCUCUUUUCACCGCGAACUCUGACCUGCUUCGCAUGUGCGGGGCCUUACUUCUGCCCCCGAUGCAGCAGUCAUUCGAUCUCUCCGACUCCACCGACUGGCACGAGACGCCUCUGUCUCUCCUCGGGCCGCUCGAGACGUCACUGCGCUGUCAAGUCUGCAAAGACUUUUACGACAAUCCGGUUAUUACCUCGUGCAGUCAUACGUUUUGCUCGUUAUGUAUCCGCCGCUGUCUCAGCACCGAGGGCAAAUGCCCCGCCUGUCGAAGCUCUGACCAAGAGCUCAAGCUGCGCCGCAAUUGGGCCGUUCAGGAGCUGGUGGACAAUUUUACGACGGCACGCCCGAUUGUACUAGAUCUUGCACGGAAGGAGGCUGCGCGUCUUACGCGUGGAAAUGAUCAGGUAGAGGGACCAGCGCCGAAGAAACGCAAGGCCGGUCGAGUGGAGCAAGAAGAGACACCGGUGCCAGAAACCAGCCCGCAAAGGGUACGUACUCGAUCUCAGAGGACAAAAGCAAACCCGCGGGAGGAGGUCAUUGAGGACAGCCAAGAUGAGGAUGACAUAACAGGUAUGUGGUGUUUUACCAUGGAUCAAGUUGCCGGGGACGAGUCUAAUGUUCUUGCAGAGGACGGUCUAGUGGCAUGUCCAAUUUGUCUCCGGAGGAUGAAGGAUGAAGCAGUGUUUCAGCAUCUCGAUACCUGUACAGGAGAGCCGGCUCCACCAAAAGCUGCAUCCUUCGGAUCCCUACAGCCGCAACCCCGCCACCUUCCAAAAUCCACCGGAAACCCCCCAGAGAGAAUCCCCGCCAUGAACUAUUCAAUAUUGAAAGAAACGACCCUGCGGAAAAAGCUUCGAGAGCUUGGCAUCCCAGAAUGGGGGCCACGAGUCCUUCUUCAGCGGCGUCAUACGGAGUGGAUGAAUUUGUGGAAUGCGAAUUGCGACUCGAAAUUCCCCAAAUCCAAACGAGACCUGUUGCAUGAACUGGAUGUCUGGGAGCGCACACAAGGGGGUAAUGUGGCUGCACCGUCACCGUUUGUGUCGACGGGGACAGUGAUGCGCAAGGACUUCAAUGCCGCCGAGUGGUCUGCAAAUCACGAUGAUGAUUUCAAACGUCUGAUUGCAAAUGCGCGUAAAAGAAACGAUGCCAUAGUUAGAUCGACUAUCCCUGGAGCAUCGGCUGCUUCGUCUGGAUCCGAGGACCCUUCCUUGGAACAGCCCGACGCGACAUCAAAUGCAACGAGGACCGUACCAGAGAUGCAGGAAGUACCAGCCGAAGUGCUUCCGGUGAACGGGAGCAUCGAUUCCCGCCAUACUUCCAACCCGUCUGGAUGA